UGUACAAACUUUCUUAAAAAAUGGAGGAUGAAAAGAGAAAGCUUAUUGGAAUGGCUCAUCUCGUUACUGCUGUUAUUGUAUUUAUUCCUCUUUUCAAAAUAUAAUCAAGUUAAUCACUUUUCUGAACUGUCUCCCAUGCCCCUGGGUCGAGUAGAUAAGUUUAAUGACUCUGACUUAGUAGUUGCUUACACACCGAUCUCCAAUACAACCCAGAAGAUCAUGGAUAAAAUGGCUGCUGCUCCCUUCAUGAAAGGAAGAAUAAUCAUUGGGAUGCCAAAUCAAGAGGCAAUGGAUGCAAUAAUUCCAAAAAAUUAUUCCGAAAUGGUGGGAAUCAUCUUCACAAAUAAUUUCUCCUAUGAGUUGAAGUUUAAUUGGGGAUAUAGGACACCUGUUAUGAAGGAACAUUUAGACCACUCAGCUCACUGUUUUGAGAUGUUUGGGGAAAUCACAUGUUCCCUUACAAGCUACUGGGAAAGAGGUUUUGUUGCUUUUCAAGCUGCCAUUAAUGCUGCCAUAAUAGAAAUCGCAACAAAUCAUUCUGUGAUGGAUAUGCUCAUGGCGGUGUCUGGUAUAAAUAUGAAGACAUUACCUUUUAUCGCCCAAGGAGGAUUUCUAAAUGAGAUCUUUAUUUUCUUCUGCAUAAUUUCUUUUUCACCAUUGAUAUAUUUUGCAUCACUCAAUAUUACAAGAGACAGAAAAAACAUUAAAGAGUGGAUGACGAUGAUGGGUCUCCAAAGUUCAGCAUUCUGGCUUUCCUGGGGUUUGCUGUAUGCUGGCUACAUCUUUAUUAUGGCCACAUUUCUGGCACUUGUGACAUCUAGUCAUCUUGUCAUCAUGACUGGCUACUUUGUGUUAUUCACCCUUUUUCUUCUAUAUGGUUUGUCUGCGAUAGCUUUUGCUUUUCUUCUAUGUGUAUUGAUAAAGAAACCUCUGCUAACUGGACUGAUUGCCUUCCUCCUUACUGUGUUUUGGGGAUGUUUGGGAUUUGCUACAUUGUACAAGCAACUUCCUCCCUCUUUGGAAUGGAUUUUAUGUCUCCUAAGCCCCUUCGCCUUUAGUGCUGGAAUGGUGCGGAUUAUCCUCCUGGAUUAUGACUUAAGAGGUUUUACCUUUCCUGAUCCUUCAGGAGACUCAUAUCUAAUCCUAGCAAUAUUUUCCAUAUUGCUUUUUGAUAUUCUUUUCUAUUUGGCAUUGACGUUGUAUUUUGACAAAAUCUUGCCUAAUGAAUAUGGACAGCGGCAAUCUCCUUUGUUUUUCCUUAAGUCUUCAUUUUGGUUCCAAAAAUGGAAGGCUGUUCAUGAGGUUCUGGAGAAUGAAAUCAACCCUGAGCAUUACUCUGACUCUUUUGAACCAAUAUCACCAGAAUUCCAUGGAAAAGAAGCCAUCAGAAUCAGAAAUAUUCGAAAAGAAUAUAAAGGAAAACCUGAAAAAGUAGAAGCUUUGAAAGGUUUACUACUGGAUAUCUAUGAAGGCCAGAUCACUGCAGUACUUGGUCACAGUGGAGCUGGGAAAUCCACCCUGUUAAACAUUCUUAGUGGAUUGUCUGUUCCAACAGAAGGUUCAGCUACCAUCUAUAAUAACAAACUCUCUGAAAUGGCUGACUUGGAAAAAAUAAGAAAGAUCAUUGGUGUUUGUCCACAAUGCAAUGUUCAACUUGACUUUCUUACUGCAAGAGAAAAUCUCAGACUGUUUGCUAAAAUAAAAGGAAUUCAUCCACAGAAGGUGGAGCAAGAGGUACAGCAAAUUUUAACACAACUGGAAAUGAAAAAUAUUCAAGAUACCUUUGCAGUAAAUUUAAGUGGUGGACAAAAAAGAAAGCUAUCUUUUGGGAUCGCCAUUUUAGGAGAUCCUCAGGUCUUGCUGUUGGAUGAACCAACUGCUGGACUGGAUCCCUUUUCAAGGCACCAAGUAUGGAAUCUUCUAAAGGAAAGGAAAUCAGACCGUGUGAUCUUGUUCAGUACCCAGUUCAUGGAUGAGGCUGAUCUCCUUGCUGAUCGGAAAGUGUUUAUGUCCAAUGGGAGGUUGAAGUGUGCAGGCUCUUCGUUGUUUCUGAAGAGGAAAUGGGGGAUUGGAUAUCACUUAAGUUUGCAUAGGAAUGAGAUAUGUGAUCCAGAAAGAAUAACAUCACUUGUCAAACACCACAUCCCUGAUGCCAAAUUAGCAGCAGAAAGUGAUGAAAAACUUGUAUAUACAUUACCUUUGGAAAGGACAAACAAAUUUCCAGACCUUUGCAGUGAUCUGGAUAACUGUUCUGACCAAGGGAUUGUGAACUAUGGUGUUUCUCUGACAACUUUGAAUGAAGUAUUCCUACAACUAGAAGGAAAAACAACUGAUGAAUCAGAUUCUGGCAUUUGGGGACAGGAUCAAACAGAAAUGACAAGAGAUGCUGGGGGUUUCAUUGAAUUGGAACAAGCCCUGUCUUCAGUUCCUGAAAUGAUCAAUGGGAUGGCUCUGUGGAGGAAGCAGGUCUGUGCAAUAGCAAGGAUUCGCCUAUUAAAGUUAAAGCAUGAGAAAAAAGCUUUCCUGUGCCUAUUAUUGGUGUUUGGAAUUGGUUAUUUCCCUUUCAUUAUGGAAAACAUACUGUAUAGAAUAUUUCGUCAAACCAAUUCUUGGGGAAUUUCUCCUAACAUGUAUUUCCUUUCUCCUGGACAACAUCCACAUACUCCUCUCACUAGCCUAUUGGUUGUCAAUAACACAGGGUCAAAUCUUGAAGAUUUUGUACAUUCAUUGAAGCGUCAGAAUAUUGUUUUGGAAGUAGUUAACUUUAGAAAUAAAAAUGGUAUAGAAGAUCCAUCAUAUAAUGGAGCCAUCAUAAUCUCUGGUAAACAAAAGCAUUACAGAUUUUCAGUUGCGUGCAAUACCAAGAGGCUGAACUGUUUUCCUGUUCUCAUGGGUGUUAUUAGCAAUGGGCUGCUUGGAAUUUUUAACCCAUCAGAACAUAUUCAAACAAAGAGGAGCACAUUUUUUCACGAUGAUGUCUCCAUAGGAGUUGGUUUUAUGGAGGCAUCCUUUUUCUGCAUGUUUAUUGCAACCAGCAUUUCUCCUUAUAUUGCAAUGGGCAGCAUCAGUGAUUAUAAAAUAAAAGCUCAGUCCCAGCUAUGGAUUUCAGGGCUCUACCCAUCAGCAUACUGGUGUGGGCAGGCACUGGUGGAUAUUCCUUUAUAUUGCUUGAUUCUCUUUUUAAUGUAUGUCAUUAACUACCUUAUAAAUAAUACAGAUGAGGGCUGGCCAACAGUUUUAAUCCUGUUUGCUCAGAUCCUGUGUACUGUUGGUUAUGCAGCAUCUGUUGUUGUCUUCACAUAUGUGAUUUCAUUCAUUUUUCGUAAGAGAAGAAAAAACAGUGGCCUUUGGUUUUUUUGCUUCUUUAUUAUCUCUAUGUUCUUAUUUGGCAUCCUAUUUUUAAAUAAUUUUGAUUUACUUAUCAUGCUCCCUUGCAUGAUAUUAGUGCCUUUGUACACAUUGGUUGGCUGUCUAACACUUUUUUAUGAGCUCUCUUAUAGCUAUUCGAAAAAUUCUGAUCACCAUGAAGAUGAAAUAAAUGGAGUCAGUAAAAGCAGCCUCUUAGUACUUUUAAUACCUUAUCUUCAUUUUAUCAUUCUCCUUUUUGUUCUGCGGUUUCUGGAAAUGAAAUAUGGAAAGAAAUCAAUGAGAAAGGACCCUGUCUUCAGAAUUUCUCCAAGAAGUAGUGAAGCAUUUCCAAACCAAGAAGAACCAGAAGGUGAAGAUGAAGAUGUUCAAGCAGAAAGAGCAAGAACUGCAAGUGCAUUGGCUGCUUUAAACCUUGAUGAGAAACCAGUCAUUAUUGCCAGCUGUCUGCGUAAGGAAUAUGAAGUCAAGAAAAAAAUCUGCUUUUCAAAGAGCAAGAAGAAACUGGCGACAAGGAAUGUUUCUUUCUGUGUUAAAAAAGGUGAGGUUCUGGGACUGCUAGGACACAAUGGAGCUGGCAAAAGUACAUCUAUUAGGAUGAUAACUGGGGAGACAAGACCAACAGCGGGAGAGGUGGUACUGAAAGGGAACAGAUCAUCCAUGAGUCAGCAAGGUGUUAACACAAUCAAGUUCCUUGGGUACUGUCCUCAGGAAAACUCACUGUGGCCAAAUCUUACAGUAAGAGAUCAUCUGGAGGCGUAUGCUGCAGUGAAAGGAAUGAAGAAAGAAGAUGCCAUGAUUAUGAUUUCACGAUUAGCAAAUGUUCUCAAGCUACAAGAGCACAUGAAAGUUUCAGUCAAGGAAUUAUCAGCGGGCAUAACUCGAAAGUUGUGCUUUGCACUGAGUAUCCUGGGUAAUCCAGCUGUUGUGCUUCUGGAUGAACCAUCAACAGGAAUGGACCCAGAAGGACAGCAGCAAAUGUGGAAGGUGAUUCGAGCAACAUUCAAAAACAAGGAGAGUGGUGCUAUCCUGACUACACAUUACAUGGCAGAGGCUGAGGCUGUGUGUGACCGGGUGGCCAUCAUGGUGUCAGGACAGCUAAAAUGCAUUGGUUCUAUCCAACAUCUGAAAAGCAAGUUUGGCAAAGAUUACUUACUGGAAAUAAAAGUGAAGGAACCUGAGCAAGUUGAGCCCCUCCAUGCAGAGAUUCUGAAACUUUUCCCACAGGCAGCUCGGCAGGAAAGGUAUUCCUCAUUGAUGGUCUAUAAAUUGCCUGUGGAGAUUGUACACCCUUUAUCUCAGGCCUUUUCCAAAUUAGAGGCAGCUAAAUCUACCUUCAAUCUAGAGGAAUAUAGUCUCUCUCAAUCUACUUUGGAGCAGGUAUUCCUUGAGCUCUCAAAGGAACAGGAGCUUGGAGAUUUGGAUGUGGAAUUGGAUACAACAGUAAAAUGGAAACUGCUUCCUCAGGAAGAGCCUUAAAGGCCCAGACUGCUUACAUUUAUUUUCAAUUCCAUGACUAAUUUUAGUCCCAUGAAUUUGCAUUAUUAAGCCUCUGUAUCAUUGCAGGAAAAGUUAACCAAGCAUUUAAAAAUAUUUUAUAUUUUUAAUUAGUAACUAAAUAAAUGUUAUAAUAAUUUUUCUGUUUAGAGUAAGGGAAGGAAGGCUUGUAGUCAAAGCAGUUACUAUCACUGACAAUGGCAUUGACUGGAUUGAGUCCAGCGUGCAGUGGUUUCUUGUGUAUUUGCAUACCUUCCUAAGUAAAUUUUCUGCAAAAUAUGAAUGAACUAUAGAUUUUAUGGGAUUAUUUUAAUAUGCAUAGCAGUGGUGGUAAUGUUUCUAAUAGUGUGUGGGGUAGAAGGUGAGAGAUUGAUGAGUAGAGCUAGUUACUACCUUUUUCUGGUUCCCACCCGUAUGUGAAUAGUGCCCUUCUUUCCUAACUUGUCUCUUUAGGCUAGACUUUUCCUAUAGUCAGUGCCUCUGGCUCUGCCCCUUUGGGGGUGGUUUAUCUUUCAAACCUGUAACAUGAACAACAACAACAACAACAAAAAAAAAAAAUAAAAUGUUCUUGAGGCAACUA